AUGGGCGGAGAGAUGGGUUUCACGGCAGUUUUAGGCGAAAUUGUGCCAUCCACUUCGAUGGUGAUGGUGGAGGGUUGCACCAUUGGCCUAACUAUAUUGGCUAGCACCGCCAUGGCUAAAGGAAUGAGCCCUUUUGUGUUUGUUGUCUACAGUAAUGCUGUUGGCUCUAUCAUAUUACUUCCUUAUUCCUUUCUUUAUGAUAGAAAUACAAUGGAAAUGCCAUUAUUGACCUUAUCUUUUCUCGUUCGAGUGUUCUUCCUUGGUUUAAUCGGGGUGACAAUGGCACAGAACCUUGCGUUUCUUGGUCUAAGUUACAGCUCUCCAAUUGUUGCAAUUGGCAUGGCUAACAUAAUCCCUGCUAUAUCUUUCCUUCUUGCUAUAAUCCUCAGGACAACAAAAUUCAAUUGGAAAUGCUCUGGCAACCAAGCAAGAUUGAUUGGCACCUUCAUAUCGAUUAUGGGAGCAACAUCACUCACUCUAUAUAGGGGUCCUACCAUAAAGAAUCAUUCAUAUCCGGCACUCUCUCUUCAAUCAUUGGCCGUGCCACCGCAGCAGCGCCUUUUCGUGUUCUUGUCAGCCCAUGAAAAUUGGAUUCUUGGUUGCAUUUUUUUUGCAGCUUCUUCGUUAGCACUUUCAGUAUGCAACCUUAUCCAGGUGGGAACCGUCAAAAUAUACCCACAAGUGAUGAAAAUAAUCUCUUUUUAUAGCUUAUUUGGAACAAUCCAAUCUGCUGUACUUGCUGCAUUUAUAGAAAGAGAUCCCAGUGCGUGGAGAUUGGAGCUUAACUUGGAGCUCUUUGUAAUCAUUUUAACAGCAAUUUUUACUAGUUUGAUCCGUAGCAGUGUCCACAUAUGGUGCAUGCGUAUGAAAGGCCCUUACUUUGUGCCCAUAUUUAAGCCAGUGGGAAUUCUCUUUGCAAGUGCAUUUGGUUGUUUACUCUUUGCAGAUACUUUUCACUAUGGAAGCAUGAUGGGUGCUAUUGUCUGUGGAGUGGGCUACUGCACAGUUAUGUGGGGACAAAUCAGAGAGGAUGAUGAAAUGCACAAAAACAGUGGAAAUUCGUCAUCACCAUCAGAUGACGAGAAGGUCCCUCUUCUGCAAGAAGACUCACAAGGACGAACCCUGAUGAUAUUUUUAUCAAAGAAUUAG